CGUCCAAGGGAGCGUUUGUUCUGGACGGGGAAGACGUGCCGUUAUGUGGACGGGCUCGUAACAGUUUGUACAAUUCGCUAAAGCGGAUUUAAAACCCAAGUGGAGGAUUUUUUGUUGUUGUUGUUGUUUUAACCGUGCUCGUACGGGACACGUGUAGGGUUGCGGUUUGUUAACAAUGCCCCGGCAACUCUGAAGUUUAACGAAGUGGAAGCGUUUCGUGCGGGAGGAAGAGGACUCGUUGGAUUCGCCUGUGGAUCCAUGCAGCAGACUCGGUCUGGACCGCAUUCUCAAUAUCACAGCUGCAGGCCAUUUAUUGAUGGGUGCAUACUGUGAGGCAACACACCAAGAGAACUGGAAAUCUUUCAGAAGAGACAGGAACUGUGAAAGAAUGAAGACAGGCUAGAUACUGGUGUCUCCAAAGAACUGUUUUACUGGAAUUGUAAAACCUACAAUCAUUUGAACUUAGCAAAUGUGUACCUGGACUGAACAUAUAAUCAGAGAAGCCUGAAAAGUAACUUUCUUGGUUGGAGUUCAUCUUCGAAAGAACACACAAGUGAUCAACAUGAGUGCUGAAGGAUAUCAGUAUAGAGCGCUUUAUGACUACAAGAAAGAGAGAGAGGAGGACAUUGAUCUGCAUGUGGGGGAUAUACUGUUGGUAAGCAAAGGAGCUCUGGUGGCUCUUGGGUACACUGAUGGGCUGGAACAGAGGCCGGACGAGAUUGGAUGGCUGCCAGGCUACAACGAAACCACUCAGGAAAAAGGGGACUUCCCCGGGACAUAUGUCGAGUUCAUCGGGAAGAAAUGGAUCUCUCCGCCCACUCCCAAGCCAAGGCCCCUCAGACCUUUACCUGUAGCUCCAGGUGUCUACAAGGCAGAGAUGGACUCUGACUCGGAGCAAGGCUUCUGUCUGCUGGACCUGACGGAGCAGUUCGCCCUUCCAGAGACUUCUCCACCUAUGCUAGCCAGAAUACUGGAAGCCAUUGAGAAGAAAGGUCUGGAUAAUCCCACUUUAUACCGAACAUUUACUGCUGGCGGAGGACUCGAAGUCAGGCAGUAUUUUGAUGGUGAUCCUCCCUCUGCAGACCUGGACCAGCUGGACCUUCCCAUCCUGUGUGACGGUCUGCGCAGGUAUCUGCAGGAUCUCCCCCAGCCCGUCGUCCCCACUGCAGUAUACGCUCAGAUGGUCCACACUUCCAAAGAGGUGGCAAAUCCUGAGGAAUGCGCACCGCUGCUGCGUCGCAUCGCCAGCACCCCGAGCCUGCCCCCACAAUACUGGCUGACUCUCCAAUGUCUGCUCAGGCAUUUCGCUAGAGUGUGCCAAAACGGCUCCAAGAACCUGCUCAGCGCCAGAGCCCUGGGCGAGAUCUUCAGCCCUGUGUUCUUCAGACAACAGACCACCAGUUGUGAACCCAGCUCGGAUGCUCACAUCAAGAUCAUUGAGGUUCUGGUGACCAGUGAAUGGAGUGACACUCCGGCAGCUCCAGCUCUACCUCCAAAGCCACCCAAGCCCACAUCUGUGACUAACAACGGUAUGAACAACAACAUGGCUCUACAGGAUGCUGAAUGGUACUGGGGGGACAUCUCCAGGGAGGAGGUCAAUGAGAAGCUGAGGGACACUGCGGACGGUACGUUUCUGGUGCGAGACGCCUCCACAAAGAUGCAUGGAGACUACACUCUGACUCUGAGGAAAGGAGGAAACAACAAGCUCAUUAAGAUAUUCCACCGGGACGGAAAGUACGGCUUCUCGGACCCUCUGACCUUCAGCUCAGUCGUCGAGCUCAUCAACCACUAUCGCAACGAGUCACUGGCGCAGUACAACCCCAAGCUCGACGUCAAGCUGCUGUAUCCAGUCUCCAAACACCAGCAGGAUCAGGUGGUGAAAGAAGACAACAUCGAUGCUGUGGGGAGGAAGCUCUGCGAGUUCCACCAGCAGUACCAGGAGAAAAACAAAGAGUAUGACCGUCUGUACGAAGAAUACACCAGAACGUCACAAGAAAUCCAAAUGAAAAGGACGGCCAUCGAGGCUUUUAAUGAAACUAUAAAGAUAUUCGAGGAGCAGUGUCAAACGCAAGAGCGGUACAGCAAGGAAUAUAUCGAGAAGUUCAGGAGAGAAGGCAACGACAAGGAGAUCCAGAGGAUCAUGGGGAACUACGAGAAGUUGAAGUCACGGAUUAGUGAAAUUGUCGACAGCAAGCGACGACUGGAGGAAGAUCUGAAGAAACAGGCGGCCGACUACAGAGAGAUCGACAAGAGAAUGAACAGCAUAAAGCCAGACCUCAUCCAGCUCCGCAAGACCAGAGACCAGUAUCUCAUGUGGUUGACCCAGAAGGGAGUCAGACAGAAGAAACUCAACGAGUGGCUCGGAAUCAAGAACGAGAACACAGAAGAUCAAUACUCAAUGGUGGACGACGACGAGGACCUUCCUCAUCAUGACGAGCGCUCCUGGAAACUGGGGAACAUCAACCGACUGGAGGCAGAAGCUCUGCUCCAGAGCAAGAGAGACGGAACAUUCCUGGUUCGAGACAGCAGCAAAGCAGGAUGCUACGCCUGCAGUGUUGUCGUGGACAGCGAGGUGAAGCACUGCGUCAUCAACAAGACCCCCUCAGGUUUCGGCUUCGCCGAGCCGUACAACCUGUACAGCUCACUAAAAGAACUCGUACUUCACUACCAGCACACGUCUUUGGUCCAGCACAAUGACUCUCUGAAUGUGACGCUAGCGUACCCGGUCUAUGCCCAGCAGAGGCGGUGAGGAUCCACCCAGAUGUAUUCUCACGGACGCAAGAAAAAGGCCUCAUGGGAGUUGGAGAUACACGUCCUCGGACUCUUUAAGAAAAGAGGCUCUGUUUGCCUGGCUAGGACUUUGGACGAAAAAGACGCAAUAAAGCCUGAAACAUUUCAGUGACUUUGCCUGACCACGAGCCCGAGGCGAGUCUGAAUGUAGAUUUCUCUCUUUUUGCUUUUUGUGGGAGCACAGAAUCAAGCGGAAACUGCUGAACUGUCCCCCAGCAGCAGCAGCAGAGGACAUCUGAGGCCUUUUUCUAAUGGUGCUUGUUCUUUCUAAAGCUUUACCAGCCGGGAAUGUCUAAUCGCAGCAGAUAAACUCUUCAAAUGGAACUGUACCCGCCGGCCACAACUUUGUUUUUCCACUUUUAUUUUUCCUUUCACUUCAUCUUUGUGUGUGUGUGUGUGUGCGUGUUCCUGCACAAGUGUUUCUGUGACUGAGCGUGUAUGUGUGUGUGUGUGUGUGUGUGUGUGUGUGUGUGUGUGUGUGUUUGUGUGAUUGUCCAUGUGACCAAAACUCAUAGAAUCAGGAAACUGUGUGACGUUGUGGAGGGGAUGUGUAACACAUUUGCUUGUGUUAACUGUUCAGUAGCAGACCGAGGGUCAGCUGAUAAAUGUAGCAAAAUGGCACUUUUUAAACAAAGUUUAAUUUUUUUUUCUUUUUAUUUUGAAAAGACUCCUAUGGACUUCUACGAGAAGAGCAACUCGCCUUCUCAGUGUCGAGCAUUAUCGCACAGAAGUAAACUUGAUCUUUACUGUGGGCAGGUGAAACUAUGAAUGGACUCACUAUUUCAUGUACAUAUGUGAAAAUGUGCAAAGUCAUGAAUCAAAGUGCACCAUACCAAAAAGGAUCAGUUCCUGUUUAGUUAUAUUCUGAUCUGCUAUGCAAUUCUUUCUCCAUUAUUUCUUCAGAAUUGUGUUUUUAUUCUGUUGCAACCCACAAUAUAAGCUUGUUUUAUUGCUUGAAAAGUAUCUUUUCCUGUGUAAAUAUCCACAAGGAUAUUUUGUGUCAAAAUGCCAAGAUACAGUAAAGAAAACUGCUUAUGAUUUUUAAAGAUAAUAAUAGCAACAUACACUUUAUUAUAAAUUACUUUACCAGCUGGUAUAAAGAUGGAAAAGAUGAGUAUUUUAUUAGUCUUUUUGUUUUAUUCUCGCUUCAAACUAAUGUUCUUCUCAGGCAGAGCCUUUCGAGUAUUUGAGCUGCUUCAGUACUAUUUCUCACAGAGUUGAGCCUACAUGCAGUUCUUUGUCGAGACGGACAAAGACGGUUCGAGCACUCAGAGAACGAGAUGAUGGGAUUGUACGACCCCUUUAUCAUCCAUCACCGCGAUAAACAACAGUAUAGAUUUAUUUUGUUAUAAAAUAUAUAUGUUCCCACAUGAGAAUAUAUCAGAGCAGGAUGGUGUUUUUCAGCCGAUGGAUAUUGUUAUUAAAGAUCGACGUACAUUGUCCACUUAGUAUUUUUCUGUAUCAGAAAAUCACUGUGUUUACAUAGGUGGAUCAGCUCAUUUCAGAUCUGUCUGUUAUUUCAUAUUUCAGAGGACGACGUUUGCCAGUUGAAUCCUUGACAGAAAUAUUCAGCCACAGCUCAAAUACAUUAUCUCUCCUCAUCUUUAAUCUCUUGGCUUUUUUUUUUUAUUUUUUACAAGCGAUCGGUACAUGUUUUAAACCCAAACUCUUCAUUGUGUCAGGCCAACAGAAGUAUAUAAAAAAAUGGCGCCCUCAUUCAGUCUGAUUGCUAAAUUAGAUCACUCAAAAUGACAAAUAUAUGAAUGUUACAAUCUUAGACCUACCUGCUAUUAAAUAAUUUAAAUGUGGUACUUUUACUCCCCGCACCCCCAAAAAUGUACUUGUGUUCAGCACGGCUUCCAAUUUAACUGUUUAAUGUAUCUUUGUGUAACAAAUUAGUUAUAAAAACUUUAACCUAAUAACAUUUUGGUUAUUACUGCCAUUUUCAACUACAGGUCAAAUUUGACUCUUAAUUCUCUCCAUUUUUGACACAAAUGCUGUUUUAAUGUGUCACUUCCUGUCUAAAGAAUAAACAUUUGUUAUCUGUGUGAGAGAAACGUUGUGCGAAAAGACGACCACAGAUGAAACCUCAGCAAAGAAACUAUAACAAAGAAUAUGAGUUUCUUGCGUAUUAUUCUCAGCCCCAUCAUGGCAGAGCUGUACAGAAGCUACUGCAGACACAACUCAAAAUGUAAAAUGUGUUUUAGGAGUAUUUGAUGAUCCGAUUUUAAUUUUUUUAGCAUGAUAGUUAACUGUCAUUUAUCCUAGUUUUCUUGGUUCUCUUUCGAAGCCGUUAACAGAUGUCAUGGAUAUUAGAUCUGUCAUAUCUGACAUUUAUUUUAUUAGAAGAUUUUUAUUUACCUCCCCAACAAGCUGCUGGCAUGAACGUUUUGUUUAUUAUUGUCAAAAAUGAAAUUUUUUUUUUUUUAUAGUUCUUGGACAACAUGCACCAUUAUUUUCUUUGCCCCAGUUCUGGGUUGUAUGAUUAUUUUAGGUGUCUUUUUUUAUUUUUAUUUGAAGCUCAUCUUUUUGUGGGUGUCCCCAGACGUGAUGAUUGGAUUGAGAUUUACCAGUGUUCCCCAGUUUUGCUUCAAAUCUGUAUUGGGCUUUGUUAAAAAGAAAAUAAAAACACUUCUUUUUAAGAAAAAAAA